CGCCGCUCCCGCCCGGCGGCCGCCGCCGGUCGGAAACAGUCCGUGUGUAAACUCGACGUGUCCGGAAAGGUGCGCGGCGCUCCCCGCCUCGCUCCGAGCCCGGCCGCGGGGCGCGCCCGCCGAGCGCGAUGCUGGACCCUUCCUCCAGCGAGGAGGAGUCCGAUGAGCUGCUGGAAGAGGAGCGGCGGGACGUGCUGGUGGCGGCGGGCGGCGGCUCGCCGCGCUCGCUGCCGCCGCCGCCCCGGGACUCGCGGGGCAGGGAGGCCGGGGCGGCACGGGCAGCCAGCCCCAGCCCCUCGGUGCUGAGCGAGGGCCGGGAGGAGCAGGAGCGCCUGCAGCGAGAGGAGCGGGAGAAGCGGCUCCGGCUGCAGCUCUACGUGUUCAUCGCGAGGUGCAUCGCGCACCCCUUCAACGCCAGGCAGCCCACGGACAUGGCCCGCCGGCAGCAGAAGCUCAACAAGCAGCAGCUGCAGGUACUGAAGGAACGUUUCCAGGCCUUUUUGAAUGGGGAGACGCAAAUUGUAGCAGAUGAAGCGUUUUGCAAUGCUGUGCGAAGUUACUAUGAGGUAUUUCUCAAGAGUGACCGGGUUGCAAGAAUGGUCCACAGCGGAGGAUGUUCUGCAAGUGACUUUAGAGAUGUUUUUAAGAAAAACAUAGAGAAGAGAGUCCGAAGUCUGCCAGAAAUUGAUGGAUUAAGCAAAGAGACAGUGUUAAGUUCUUGGCUAGCCAAAUACGAUGCCAUAUACAGGGGAGAAGAGGACUUCUGCAAACAGCCAAAUAGAAUGGCCAUAAGUGCUGUAUCAGAGCUGAUUCUGAGCAAGGAACAGCUUUAUGAAAUGUUUCAGCAGAUUCUAGGGAUCAAAAAAUUGGAACACCAGUUGAUUUAUAAUGCCUGCCAAUUGGAUUUUUGUUCUCUAUCCAAGUUGGAUAAUGGAGAUGAGCAAGCAGCCCAGAUAAGACGUGAACUAGAUGGACGACUACAACUGGCAGAACAAAUGGCAAGGGAAAGAAAAUUCCCAAAAUUUGUAGCAAGGGAAAUGGAGAACAUGUACAUAGAAGAGUUGCGGUCUUCGGUGAAUUUGCUGAUGGCAAAUUUGGAAAGUCUGCCAGUGUCUAAAGGUGGGCCAGAAUUCAAACUGCAGAAGCUAAAGCGAUCACAAAAUUCUGCAUUCUUGGACAUAGGAGAUGAAAAUGAAGUUCAGCUGUCAAAGUCUGAUGUGGUUCUCUCCUUCACGUUAGAGAUUGUUAUAAUGGAGGUACAAGGUUUAAAAUCAGUCGCUCCCAAUCGGAUUGUCUACUGCACCAUGGAAGUGGAAGGGGGCGAGAAGCUUCAGACAGACCAAGCGGAAGCUUCCAGGCCACAAUGGGGAACCCAAGGGGAUUUCACCACUACUCAUCCUCGGCCUGUUGUCAAAGUAAAACUCUUUACAGAAAGCACCGGGGUGCUGGCACUUGAAGAUAAAGAACUGGGAAGAGUAGUGUUAUAUCCAACGUCCAAUAGCCCAAAGUCCCCUGAUCUGCAUAAAAUGAUAGUUCCCAAAAACAGUCAGGACAGUGACCUGAAAAUUAAACUGGCGGUGAGAAUGGAUAAACCACCUCACAUGAAGCACUGUGGGUAUUUGUAUGCUCUAGGACAGAAGGUUUGGAAGCGGUGGAAAAAACGCUACUUUGUGCUUGUUCAGGUUAGCCAAUACACAUUUGCAAUGUGCAGUUACAGAGAAAAGAAGUCUGAGCCUCAGGAACUGAUGCAACUGGAAGGAUACACGGUGGAUUACACAGCUCCUCACACAGGUCUUCAGGGUGGUCGAAUGUUUUUCAAUGCUGUUAAAGAAGGCGAUACCGUGAUAUUUGCCAGUGAUGAUGAGCAGGAUAGAAUACUCUGGGUUCAAGCUAUGUACAGAGCCACAGGUCAAUCUUACAAGCCUGUUCCUGCAAGUCAAGCUCAGAAGAUGAAUCUUAAAGGAGGCAAUGCCAACACAGAUAUAGCCCCACUUUCUAGCAAAGAUACAGACCGUGGCCAGAAACAUGGCAUGGAUGAGUUUAUUUCUGCUAAUCCCUGCAAAUUUGACCAUGCUUCCCUCUUUAGACUGCUUCAGAGACAGACCUUGGAUCACAGAUUGAAUGACUCCUAUUCUUGUUUGGGCUGGUUUAGCCCAGGUCAGGUCUUCGUAUUAGAUGAAUACUGUGCUCGCUACGGAGUGAGAGGCUGUCACCGCCAUCUCUGCUAUCUCGAUGAACUGAUUGAAUAUUCAGAAAAUGGUUCUGUCAUUGAUCCAACCUUGCUCCACUACAGCUUUGCAUUUUGUGCUUCUCAUGUUCAUGGUAACAGGCCCGAUGGAAUUGGAACAGUAUCUGUGGAAGAGAAGGAAAGGUUUGAGGAAAUUAAGGACAGACUUUCCUCCCUUUUAGAAAACCAAAUAAGCCAUUUCAGAUACUGUUUCCCUUUUGGACGUCCUGAAGGAGCUUUGAAAGCCACACUUUCAUUACUUGAAAGGGUUUUAAUGAAAGAUAUUGCCACUCCCAUACCAGCAGAAGAGGUGAAGAAAGUGGUUAGAAAAUGUCUGGAGAAGGCUGCCUUGAUCAAUUACACUCGACUUACAGAAUAUGCCAAAAUAGAAGCAACAGCAGAAAAGGACUCAGAGACCAUGAAUCAAGCAACACCUGCUAGAAAACUGGAAGAGGUUCUUCACCUUGCAGAACUCUGUAUCGAAGUAUUGCAGCAAAAUGAAGAGCAUCAUUCAGAGGGAAGAGAGGCAUUUGCUUGGUGGCCAGAAUUGUUGGCUGAGCAUGCAGAGAAGUUUUUGUCUCUGUAUUCUGUUGAUAUGGAUUCAGCACUUCAGGCACAGCCACAGGACUCCUGGGACAGCUUCCCACUUUUCCAGCUGCUGAAUAAUGCCCUCAGAAAUGACACACUUUUGUGCAAUGGAAAGUUUCACAAGCACUUGCAAGAAAUUUUUGUUCCCAUGGUCGUCCGCUACAUUGAUCUCAUGGAAUCAUCAAUUGCUCAGUCCAUUCACAGAGGUCUUGAGCAAGAGUCAUGGCAACCUGUCAAGAGCAUCACCAACAGUCUUCCUAAUGUAGCUCUUCCAAAAGUUCCAAGUUUGCCUCUUAAUCUUCCACAAAUACCUAGCUUUACUACACCAACCUGGAUGACUUCUUUGUAUGACUCCACCAAUGGAUCAGCUACAUCCGAAGAUCUUUUCUGGAAACUGGAUGCUCUGCAGAUGUUUGUUUUUGAUCUUCACUGGCCAGAACCAGAAUUUGCCCACCAUUUAGAGCAGAGACUUAAACUCAUGGCCACUGACAUGAUAGAAGCCUGCGUUAAAAGAACAAGAAUUGCAUUUGAAGUGAAGCUGCAAAAGAUAAACAAAUCAACAGACUUGCGUAUCCCUUCUUCUCUGUGUACAAUGUUUAACGUCUUAGUUGACGCCAAAAAGCAGACAGCUAAACUCUGCAUACUGGAUGCGGGGCAAGAGUUUGCUAGUCAAUGGCAACAAUACCAUUCAAAAAUAGAUGACUUGAUUGAAGAAACUGUUAAAGAAAUUAUUUCACUUCUUGUUUCAAAGGUUGUUUCAGUGUUAGAAGGUGUGCUGUCUAAAUUGUCAAGAUAUGAUGAAGGUACUUUCUUCUCAUCAUUAGUUUCGUUCACUGUAAAAGCAGCUGCCAAAUAUGUUGAUGUUCCGAAACCAGGAAUGGAUCUAGCAGACACCUACAUUAUGUUUGUUCGGCAAAACCAGGAUAUCCUUCGAGAAAAGGUCAAUGAGGAAAUGUACAUAGAGAAGUUAUUUGAUCAAUGGUAUAGCAACUCCAUGAAAGUCAUAUGUAUGUGGUUGGCUGAUAGAUUAGAUGUUCAGCUUCACAUCUACCAGCUGAAGACUCUCAUCAAGAUAGUGAAGAAAACCUACCGAGACUUCAGGUUGCAAGGAGUGCUGGAGGGGACGCUGAACAGCAAAACCUACGACACCGUGCACAGCCGUCUGACCGUGGAGGAAGCCACAGUCUCAGUCACUGAUGCGGGAGGACUUCAGGGCAUUACAAUGAAAGACAGUGAUGAGGAGGAAGGAUGAUUUUAUUCCACAAAGCGUUCAGAGAUGGGGGGUGAUGGUCUGAGGGUGGGGUUUAUCUUUGCCUUGGGGUUUUUUGGAAACUUGUCCUUGUUAAUGCAUUUAUAGUUUUGCCUUAUGAUAUCGAUGCAGAAAUAUAAUUUGCUCCAUUAAAAAAGAAAGUAAGAUUAUCAGAGGAAAAGUGCCAAGGACUUUUUGAGAAUAAUGGUUGUAGCAUAUUUUUAUGUAUAGCUUUGCUUAGGGCUGCAAGAACACUGGCAUGGAGUUUGAGUUUCACUUGUGAUUAUGUUUCUUUCCCUUUUGUUUGCUACCAUUCGUUCUUUUAUCUCCAUCUGAUAUUGAUGUCCUGUGCAGAAACAAGAUGUGUGUCUCACUUAAAAUACAGCUAUACAGGAAACCAUUCUUGGAAUGAGUCAAUGCCCUAGGUAAAAAAAUAGUGUAUUUUCAGGAUUACAAUUUGUUUACCUUUUUUUGUGCUUAAUUUUGCAUUACUAUGUGAUGUGCAUUAAAAAUUUUUAUCUUGGUUCUUUGUAUAUUGAGGUUGGUAUGUAAGUACAAAGAACUUCAAGGACAGUCAAACACAAACUGCUUAGGAGUGUUAUGUCUAUUCAUUUUGCAAAUUUAAAGAUAUCUCAUCCUGUUGGAUGUCAGUAAGCUUGCCAUCUAUGUUUGUAUUUCUGUGAAAAUUUUCAGGCAAUAAGAACACAUUUUGUCGUGGCCAUUUACGUAUCUACCCAAGUUUGUAUAGAAUUCUACAAUUAAAAGAUGUUUUCAGUAUUUCAAACAAUUUGAA